AUGGAUGCAUUGAGGAAGCCUAAUUGUGCAAACUCAAGCCCUCUGACUCCUCUUGGAUUCCUUGAGAGAGCAGCAACCGUAUAUGCUGAAUCUCCUUCCAUCGUUUACAACGAUCUGACUUACACAUGGUCAGAUACAUUUCGUCGAUGUCUACAAUUAGCCUCAUCCAUCUCUCGUCUCGAGAUAGGAAAAGGUGACGUUGUUUCAGUACUUGCACCAAACAUCCCUGCCACUUAUGAGCUUCAUUUUGGAGUCACAAUGACUGGGGCCAUAAUCAACACUAUCAAUACCCGUUUAGAUGCUCGUGCUAUAUCAGUGAUCCUUUCUCACGGCGAAUCCAAGCUAGUCUUUGUUGACUACCAACUAACCCUUCUUAUUCAAGACGCAGUUUCUUUGCUCCCAGAUGGAUGUCCUCAUCCACUACUCGUACUUAUAAUAGACGAUGAACCUGCAUCACUAACUAUGGACCAUAACUUCAUUAAUACUUAUGAGUCUAUGGUGGAAGCUGGUGAUCCUGGGUUCAUUUGGGUCAGGCCCGAAAGUGACUGGGAUCCAUUAACAUUGAAUUAUACAUCUGGGACAACUUCGUCCCCAAAAGGUGUAGUCCUCUGCCACCGUGGGACAUUCAUUGUAGCUUGUGAUUCUCUCAUAGAAUGGUCUGUUCCAAAACAACCUGUUUACUUAUGGACACUGCCAAUGUUCCAUGUAAACGGUUGGAGCUUCGUCUGGGGUAUGGCUGCGGUUGGUGGCACAAACGUGUGUCUACGUAAAUUCAACGCAUCCAUUAUAUACACUGCCAUUCGUAACCACAGUGUAACUCACAUGUGUGGUGCCCCUGUUGUGCUCAACAUGUUAUCAAAAGGCAAGCCACUAAGCCAUACAGUCCACAUAAUGGCAGCUGGAUCGCCACCACCUGCACCUCUUCUGUUACGAGCAGAGUCUUUGGGAUUCGAUGUGACCCAUUCAUAUGGGUUGACCGAAACCGGAGGGCCUGUUCUUGCUUGUGCUUGGAAGAAAAAAUGGAAUCGGUUGCCAGCAAUAGAUAGAUCUAAACUGAAAGCAAGGCAAGGAGUUGGAACCAUUGGAAUGACUGCAGUGGAUGUUGUAGAUCCUAAGUCUGGAGUGAGUGUGGCCCGGGACGGAUUGACUAAGGGUGAGAUAGUGUUAAGAGGCCGGUGUAUAAUGUUGGGUUACUUAAAAGAUCCUGAAUCAACCGCAAAAUGUAUCAAAAACGGUUGGUUUUAUACUGGGGAUGUGGCCGUUAUGCACCCUGAUGGGUAUUUGGAAAUCAAGGAUAGAUCAAAAGAUGUGAUCAUAAGUGGUGGAGAGAAUAUUAGUAGUGUGGAGGUCGAGUCAGUGUUGUAUUUGCAUCCGGCAGUGAAUGAGGCUGCAGUUGUGGGACAACCUGAUGAGUAUUGGGGUGAAACGCCGUGUGCUUUCGUGAGUCUGAAAGAUGAUGAUAUUGGAAAACCGCUGCCAACAGCCGAGGAUAUUAGGAGGUUUUGUAAAGAUAAACUGUCGGGUUAUAUGAUGCCAAAAGCUGUUGUGUUUAUGAAGGAUCUCCCAAAGACUUCUACCGGUAAGAUCAAAAAGCAUGUUCUUAAAGAACUUGCCAAAAACAUGGGUUCUGCUAUAAAAAGUCGAAUCUAG